AUGGGUGAAAUUUCAGAUACUGCAUCCAAACUCGAUCAAGAGUUCAUUGAAAAUAUUCAAAAUCGUGAAAAGCAGCGGGAGACCAAUUCUCGUGGCAGUUCAGAGGAUCCACGCCGUAUUUUACGGGAAUACGAAUGCUAUGAUAAGCUGGGAUAUUCGUUUUCUACUAGAAAGAAAUGGACUAUUUUAACGAUUAUUUUUAUCACUCAGUUGUCGAUGAAUUUUAACGCUAGUGCGUAUCCGCACGCUAUCCCUCUGAUAGCGAAGGAGUUCGGAGUUAGCACGCAGGCUGCUAAUACAAGUCAAAUGAUCUUCCUGGUGUCAUAUGGUUUUGGUUGUGAACUAUGGGCCCCUUGGAGUGAAGAAUACGGAAGAUGGAGAGUGAUGCAACUGAGUUUGCUUUUCUCUAACAUUUGGCAAAUUCUUGGUGGGCUGGCUCCAAAUUUCGGUACGAUUAUUGUGGCAAGAUUCUUAGGUGGUAUGUCAUUGGCAGGAGGUUCUGUGACGUUGGGUGUCGUGGCCGAUAUGUUCGAUCCUAUAGAUCACGGUUAUGCCGUUGCGUUUAUUGUUUUAUCCUCUGUGUGCGGUUCUGUCAUUGGUCCCAUCUUCGGUGGUUUAAUGCAGGAACAUCUUUCGUGGCAUUGGAAUUUUUGGAUACAGCUGAUCUUUAAUGGUGUGGCUCAAAUUUUGCAUUUCUUUAUUGUACCAGAGACCAGAUCAUCUGUGCUGGUUGAUAGAGAAGCUAAGCGUCGUCGUGAGAGUGGUGAAGAUCCAACUAUCUAUGGUCCCGGUGAGGAUAAGAAAAUGGAUUUCCACCAUGUGUUUACCACAUGGGUGAGACCUUUCCAUAUGUUCGUCUGCGAACCGAUUGUCUUAUUCUGCUCCCUUUUAUCAGGUUUCGCUGAUCAUUUGAUCUUUAUUUGCAAUCAAUCGUUUGGACCUAUUUUCAUGCAAUGGGGAUUUUCAAUAACCGCUCAAGGUCUUAUCUUCAUUGCAGUGUUAAUCGGUUACCUCUUAGCCUACGUAUUCCACGUCGUCGAUGUCUUUUACCAGAAAAGGGACGUUGAGAAAAUCGCCAAUAGUCCUAGAGGCCCUGAACGUAGGUUACUACUGUUAUUAUACUUAGUACCUUGGUUGGCAAUUGGCUUGUUCGGUUUUGCAUGGACGUCGAUGGGACCUGCUUACACACCUUGGAUAGCACCUGCAAUUUUUGCCGCUCUAAUCGGUAUUGCAAACUACAGUAUCUACAUGGCAACAAUCGAUUAUAUGGUUGCAGCUUAUGGCCCUUAUGCUUCUUCUGCUACAGGUGGUAAUGGUUUGGCGCGUGAUGUUUUGAGUGGUAUAGCCGCAAUGUAUGCGAAUCCACUUUAUGAUAACAUUGGAGGAAAGUUUCAUUACCAAUGGGCCAGUACCUUAUUAGGUUGUUUGGCAAUUUUGUGCACAAUUCCUAUCUAUAUCUUUUACUGGAAAGGUCCAGAGAUUAGAGACAAAAGUAAAUUUGCACAAGAGUUGUCCCAAACUUUUGAAGAUGAUAGGGGACAUAGAGGACUUGAUAAAGCCGGGAGACCUAGCUUUGAAUCUUACCGAAAGCCUAUUGCUGGUGAUAAUGGCCUGGAGUCAUAUCAAAAACCUACCACCAACAUGCGUGAUCUGGAAUCAUAUAACAAGCCUACAACAGAACUACAUGACUUUAACGCUUGA